AUGCCAUCACGAACCGACUCCCCACUGCAAAUCGCCAUUAUCGGCGCUGGCCUCGGCGGGCUCGGCGCGGCGGUGUCGUUGCGUCGACAGGGUCACCAGGUCACUGUUUAUGAGCGGUAUGACUUUGCGGGCGAGGUGGGUGCGUCGUUGAGUGCGGCGUCGAAUGGGUCGCGGUUUUUAGAGGAGUGGGGGGUGGAUGUGAAGGCUGCGAAGCCGGUCAUCCUCAAGCAGUUGAUUAUGCACAACUGGGGCGAUGGUGAGGUGCAGAGUACCUAUCCACUGGGCGACUACAAGUCGAAGUUCGGAACGGACUACAACAACUUCCACCGAAUCGACAUUCACAAACAACUCAUCAAAUCGGCGUUCGAAGAGCCUGGAGACGGUACGCCGUGUGUCCUCAAGGUCAACCACAAAGCAAUCGAGGUGAACGCCGAAGAAGGAAUUAUCAAGUUCGAGAACGGAGUCAAGACAACAGCCGAUAUUAUCGUAGCCGCCGACGGCAUCCGGUCCGUAACAAGAGAACUCAUGGGAAUAACCCCCAAGUUCACCAUGUCCACAUCGUGUUGCUACAGAUGCAUCAUCGGCGCCGACAAGCUCCGCAGCCUCGGACUGGAAGACUACAUCUCAAACGAGGCAAUCGAAUACUGGGGCGGAUUUGGAAUCAACAAGAUCGUCAUGUCACCCUGCAGCAACGGCGAAGUCGUUAGCUGCUACUGCUUCUACCCGGCUUCAUUCAACAAUCUGCGCGAGGACGGGUGGAACAUCGGCGCAACACCGGAGCAGCUGGUCGAGACCUUCCCGGAUUUGGAUCCGCGGAUGAAGACGUUGAUGCUGAAUGCGGAGGAUAUCAAGAUGUGGCGCCUAUACCGCCACGAACCUUACCCGUUCAGGGUAAAAGGCAAAGUCUGCCUCCUCGGUGAUGCCGCGCAUCCAAUGAUGCCCGACCAAUCCCAAGGCUCCUGCAUGGCCUUCGAAGACGCCGGCGCGCUAGGCAUCGUGUUCCACAAGAACUUCCGUUCAGAUUACAGCGUAGCCGAGGGACUGGCGUUGUAUGAGAAACUUCGCAAGACGCGCGCGACGAGGGUGCAGGAGGCUAGUUUCCGGGCACGCGAGGAUCUGAGUGAGAGGAUUGGGUGGAGUUCAUCGAGUGAUCGGCCAGGGAAACUGACCAUUGAGGAGGUUUGUGGGUAUAAUAUGCGGGAGCAUCUGGGUGGGUUGGUGAAUGAGUUGAAAGGGAAUGUGUAG